AUAUAUAUAUAUAUAUAUAUAUAUAUAUAUAGAUCCACUACAAGUACAUCCAUCAAUCGGGCUGUUAUACAACAAAAUUACAAGCGUGCGAAAGGAAGUAAAGUAAACUUUACUAAACUACGCCGGCAAUCGAUGCGUAUUUGUCCUUCAACUUCAAUCCAAAGCGAGGUGUAUUCAUAAUUCAUACGGCAACGCCAACGCCAUAAAUACGCGACUGUGUCAAUGUAUUAGUGCGUUAGUGUGUGUGUGUGUGUGUGCGUAAAUGUUUGUGUAAUUGAAAGCAGUAUCAUUAGCGAAACGGGUGCGUAUUUACUUGUUUGCUGCUUAUCAGCUGCUGGCAGUGCCUCAAAAGUCGCUGCGAAAGUUGUGGCGCAACACACAAGAGUGCGAAAUCAUUGAACGCGCACUUCAAGCGAAAUUCUAUCCGGGAAUUUGGAAACCAAAAAAAAAACUCACAAACACAGACUCGGACAAGGGAGCAACGCCAUGAAUAUCGACGACUACGAAUCGCUGCCAACGACCAGCGUCGGUGUAAACAUGACGGCUGGCGCUCUAGCGGGCGUAUUGGAGCAUGUUGUCAUGUAUCCAAUGGACUCGGUUAAGACCCGAAUGCAAAGCCUGACAUCGCCCACAGCUCAUUUGAAUAUAAUGGCCACGUUCCGGAACAUGAUCACGCGUGAGGGACUCAUGAGACCCAUUCGUGGAGCAAGCGCUGUGGUAAUUGGCGCUGGACCCGCGCAUUCAUUGUACUUUGCAGUCUAUGAAAUGACAAAAGAAACGCUGACGAAAUUCACAUCACACAAUCAUUUGAAUUACGUGUUGUCCGGCGCAUUGGCAACGCUGAUACACGACGCCAUCUCCAAUCCGACGGAGGUGCUCAAGCAGCGCAUGCAAAUGUACAACUCGCCAUAUACCUCGGUCUUGAGCUGCAUGCGGGACGUUUACAGGAAGGAGGGCAUGAGCGCCUUCUAUCGCUCCUAUUCCACGCAGCUGGUCAUGAACAUACCAUAUCAGACCAUUCACUUUACCACAUACGAGUUUCUGCAGAAUAUGUUGAAUGUGGAGCGCAAGUAUAAUCCAGUUGUGCAUAUGGUGUCCGGUGGGGCAGCUGGCGCUGCUGCAGCGGCAAUCACAACGCCACUGGACGUGAUGAAGACGCUGCUGAACACACAGGAAUCGGGACUCACCAAGGGCAUGAUUGAGGCCUCCCGAAAGAUUUACCGGAUGGCCGGACCGAGAGGUUUCUUCAAGGGCAUCACGGCACGCGUGCUGUAUUCAAUGCCCGCCACGGCCAUUUGCUGGUCCACGUACGAGUUCUUCAAGUUCUAUUUGUGUGGUAUUAAACCGGAGGAGUACAAAUCGUCAAUUACGGGCCGGUCUGAGCUGGCCAAACCUGCGCCAACAAUCAACUAUGUUCUGCCCAAGAGCGAUGCCGAUGAGCAGAUUGAGGAGACGACGCCAGAGCCGGGGCUCAAGGAUGCGGCAACGUUGCAUCCGGCACCGCCAACGGUGAAUGCAUCCGGUGCCAUUAAGACGGUAUGUGAGCUAUCCACGCGAACUGCUGCGCCCACCAUCAAUAUGCAUACGAGGCACACGGACGUGAAGAAUCCGUAUGAGCGGGGCUUCUCUAGUACGUAAGAUGGGCGUGGCCGCGAGCGGGGCCAGCGUUCAAAGGCACGUUAUUGGCAGCGACUAAAACAUAAGCGUAGCUUUUAGUUAAGAGCAUGGGACGGAGUACUUGUUAAAUAUCCAUUUUGGCGGCGGAUGAGGAGAAGACUGCGAUGGUGGAUCGGACACAGCGUUUGAAACGCUUUCCGACCGCCAUUGCCCGUCCGUCGCCCUUCGUCCCGGCUGAUAAUAUGAAUACUCGGCGCGGAGUCGGUGAGAGAGUUUUAUCACUUCAGAGUCGGAGGUUAAAUUGUAGUUGUUGUUGUGCACAAAACUCUCGCUCUCACACACACUUACGCAAAUACUCGGCGUACAGCUGAAACACACACACACAUAUAUGUAUAUGUAUUUAUAUAUAUUAUAUACACACAGACACUUUCUACAGUCAUCUGCGAAAAAAUUCUUGUUAAAAAUACUGGUAAUAAUAUUGUAUCUAUGUUAAUUGAGAAAAAUUAGAGAACCUACUUGUAAAAUACUAUUACCUUAAAUUAUGUAUUACUGAGAUGAUUCUUUUUUUUUUUAAACAAAUUUAAAAGUUUAUCUACACAUAUGAAUAUAUAUUUAUGUUUAUGUUGUUAAAGUAAAUCAAAACAAAGCAAAAGCGCAAAGCAAACAACAACAAAAAAAAAAACCAACAAACAAAUAAAAUGUUUUGCAAGAUACAAAAUUGAUUUGUAAUCAAAUUACAAUUAAAAAAAAAAAAACGAAAAACAAAAAAAGCAACACAAUUUAAGCUGUUAAAAAUUUCAAUUAGUUUCGAUAAACGAUAAAGUGUAAACUGCUUAUUAUAUUGUACCAUAUUGUAUGAGGCAAUCCAACCUUUGCCCCCCCUCGCUCAGGACUUUUCCCUAUGCGUUCUCCACCCGCUGGCUCGGCACUUGAUUGUGAUCCUUAAUUGUUAAAGUUUAUUUUUAUAUAUAUUUUGUCCAUGUACCAGUUAAUCAGACACAUGCUACAAUCUGUUAUUGAUCUAUACACCCUUAAGUACCAAAGUUUUUAGGCUAUACCGAAGCAAAAAGAAAAGAACAUCACGACACAAUCAAAUGCCAGAGCAGGCAAGCCGAUCCUCCGGCUUCAGCUCCAGCUCCUGAGCCUCGGGUUAUACACAACACAUAUGAUUAUUAUGUUUAUUGUUUGUUAUUUUAAUUUUUAUUUUUACAUAUAUACAACUAUGUAUAUAUCAAAAUUAUACAGUAUAUGCAUAUAUAAAUAUUGCACUUGCUAUUUGUAAACUGUAAACUGUAGCCCUAAAUUUAACACUUAAUUGUUAAACAAUUCAAGCAAACAAAAGAACAACAAUGGAAACCCAAAACGCAUUAAACGGAGAAAAGAACACUUGUUUUAUGUCAAAUGCAACAACAAA